AUGGCCCAUCGUAAACUUCAAAAGUAUGUAUCAUUGAGUGUUUUACGACACUCUAUUUUGGUUCCACAAGACAGAUUUGCUAACAUCAGGGAGGUUGAUGCGAUCUUCAAAAAGAUCAACGAAGGUUGUGAAAUCUUCAACUACUACUAUACCCGACAUGAGGGAGCCACCAACGACUCCCAGCGAGAAAAAUUGGAAGGCGAUCUCAAGAAGGAGAUCAAAAAGUUGCAGAAGUUUCGAGAUCAGAUCAAAACGUGGCAGCUGAACGAUGCUAUCGAAGCGGCGAUUGCCCCGCAAAAACUUCAGGAGCACCGGAAAAUGGUGGAGGAAGCCAUGGAGUGUUAUAAAGACGUGGAAAAGAGCUCAAAAAUGAAGUCGUACUCCAACCAGUCCAUAAUGCUAGCGGCGCUCGAACAGGGCGAGUAUCAGUUGACCCCAGAAGCGGCAGAAGCCGUGGAGUUUUUGGAGGCCAGCGUUGACGAAUUGAACGAACAGAACGAGGCAUUAGAAGGUGAGUACGACAAGCUUUCGCAGAAGAAAACCCGAAAAACCAAUACUGCCACUGAGGAACGAAAACAAGAGCUUGAGUCUUUCAUGAACAAAAACACAUUUCACAUCGAGCGACUCGAGCAUAUUGUGCACUUACUCAAGCGCAGAAAAGUGAGUCCUGAGUCGGUCAUGGCAAUCCAAGACGACAUCAGCUUCUACUUGGAGUCGAACCAGGAGCCGGACUUCGUAGACGAUGAAAAUUUGUAUGACGAAUUGUUCAAGGAAGCAUCGCAGGCGUCGGAGCUUGCCGAACAAGAACAAGCCAAUACCGGUGCUGCCAACGACAGUUUUGCCGAGUUGAACGUUGUGACACCCAAGCAGAGUCCCGAGCCGGAAUCUGACCACAAGUCCAAGGAAUCAAACUCCAAGCACGACCACAAACGAGAGCCAGAAAAUAACAAAACCAGCUCGUCAGCGUCUACUGCUUCGCCUCCAGCGAAGGUUCUCACCACACCCAACUCAAAGCAGCUGCACCAUACCGAGAUAUCCACUCCAGAUGUGUCCAGUCCCGGAAUAAUCAAGGUACUCAAGCCGGCAGCAACCCCACAGAAACCACUCGGCACUCUCAAGUGGGCUGCGGCUGCUGCUGGACCCUUGGGUGCCCAGGGCAACGGCCAUGUUAAAGACACUUCAGAAAGCUCACCAUCGCCUCCAGCACUGGCUCCACUUCCCACAAGAAUAAUCUCUUCUCUGGCAUCUUCGACUCCUCCCUCGGCGUCUACCAAUAACCCUCCGCAUUCCGUGCCGCCUUUGCAACAAGCGCCACAUUCCAAUGCUCAUUCUGGUGGUGUCAACAUCCCCAUUCAAUCGCCGUUACCGAAAAGUGCUUUUGCUUCCAAGUAUGUGCCUGUUUUGAACAACUCGACGCUUUCGAAGGAAGAAUCGGCAUUGUUCCAAGAUGUUAAUCUUAUCAGACUUCCGCCUGGUAUUCAAGACUUGAUUUUGUCGUUCACAACCACUCGUAAAGUAUCCGUGAGCCCUUCUCGCGAGGAAGCCAAGUUACUCAGAAGCACCAGUUCCUACAGCCAGUUCAAGUGCCCCAUUCAAAAACCAUACCUUCCAAAAAUAAUUCAAACUUCAUUCUAUCAGCACGAACCCGAUUUUUCUCCAGACCAACACAUAAGACCGCCGCUCCAGCUCUUAAAGUGUCUGUCUUCAUGGAACCAGUUGAGAGCCGGAGACCUCUUUGAGCAGUAUGUUCGCCAAAUCCAGAACAUAUCCCCGCCGGGCGAAAGUGUUGCCGUCGUAAAUGAGAUGACCAUGGUUCUCUUCUAUGGUUAUUAUUACGGAAUCACUCCGCUAGAAAACGUCAUUGCUGAGUCAUGCUUGUACCAGCUUGGAUGGAAGCCUUAUGCCUCCCUGUCGGAGCUCAAAAUCACCCCCAGCGGCAGUCGGAGCGAGACUCCAACUCCGGGUAGAUUAUCUCCGUUCGACUCUAAGCAUUAUGAACCUGCUCACUAUUACCACUGGUUCAAUCGUAUGAAACUUCUCCAAUCAGCCGAGAACGAUGGAGUCGAGUUUGGUGACUACCGAGUGUUUGACUUGAACCUCUGGGAAAUCCAUGUGAAGCUUGGGUUCAGAUUCGACCUCAACCAGUCCCAGACCGCCCCAUCUCAAAGUAUAUGUUGA